AUGUAUAUCACCUCCCACCAUAUCAUCUCCCACCAUACCAUCUCCCACCAUACCACCUCCCACCAUACCACCUCCCACCAUACCACCUCCCACCACACCACCUCCCACCACACCACCUCCCACCACACCACCUCCCACCACAUCACCUCCCACCACAUCACCUCCCACCAUAUCACCUCCCACCAUACCAUCUCCCACCAUACCAUCUCCCACCAUAUCACCUCCCACCAUACCAUCUCCCACCAUAUCACCUCCCACCAUACCACCUCCCACCAUAUCACCUCCCACCAUAUCACCUCCCACCAUAUCACCUCCCACCAUAUCACCUCCCACUAUAUCACCUCCCACCAUAUCACCUCCCACCAUACCACCUCCCACCAUAUCACCUCCCACUAUAUCACCUCCCACCAUGCCCACUCCCACCAUAUCACCUCCCACCACAUCACCUCCCACCACAUCACCUCCCACCAUACCACCUCCCAUCAUACCACCUCCCAUCAUACCACCUCCCACCAUACCACCUCCCACCAUAUCACCUCCCACCAUACCACCUCCCACCAUACCACCUCCCACCAUAUCACCUCCCACCAUAGCACCUCCCACCAUAGCACCUCCCACCAUAUCACCUCCCACCAUAUCACCUCCCACCAUAUCACCUCCCACCAUAUCACCUCCCACCAUACCAGCUCCCACCAUACCACCUCCCACCAUGCCCACUCCCACCAUACCAUGACUCACUAG